AUGGACUGUUUUCAGCUACUUCUUUUUCUCAUAUGCAACACGUUUCUAACGCUUGGCGCAGCCAUUUCGAAAAUCUGCAUAUUAAUUCUCGCCACCAAUAUCUGGGACAGAAAGUACCAUUCGGAUCCGUACGCGAGAAGAUGUUCCCGGGUUCCUGUACAACGUACUCCAAAAGGAGUUGCCGCCAUGUACUUGGCUUUGUUCUUCAUUCAAGCAGUGCCAGAUGUGGUGGCAAUUAUACGAUCGUUGAUGCGGUUCUUUAGCGGCGAUAAAGCAGGACGAGUAAGAGCGGUUUUUGUCGUGUUGGAAUUCCUACGAGCUUCUGGACUGUCCUUACUCAUCUUCACCGUUUUUCCGCAGCUGGAUCUAUAUCGAUGUUUGUGUCUAUGUGCCUGUUUCCCUAUCAUCACAGCGUUGCAACAGCUUCUGUCCACUAUUUCGAGAACCUUUAAGCCUGGUCGUUCCUUUGGCACAAGAAUGUGUGAGUACGCCGGUUUACCAACUUGUCCCGAAGAAAUUAGCGAAAAAAUCUUUGCAGUUCAUGGCAAAAUUUGA